AGUCACUACCACACAGAACUCCCACAUCAAUAACAGUUGAUCCAAGAUGGCGUCCGAGGGAGAGUACGAGUCGAUCCUGUGCGUGAAGCCAGAUGUCAACGUUUACCGCAUCCCGCCGCGCGCUUCAAACCGCGCAUACAGGGCAGCAGAUUGGAAGCUUGAAACUCCAGACUGGUCCGGUCGAAUGAGGAUCACAGCUAAGGGCAAAGUGGCGUUCAUCAAACUGGAGGACAAAGUCUCAGGGGAGCUGUUUGCCCAGGCGCCAGUGAAAGAGUACCCCGGUGUUACAGUGGAAACGGUCAGCGACUCCAGUCGGUACUUUGUUCUGCGGAUACAAGAUGAUAACGGUCGCAGUGCUUUUAUAGGAGUCGGUUUUGGAGACCGAGGGGACGCUUUUGACUUCAACGUUGCCUUACAGGACCAUUUCAAAUGGGUGAAACAGGAGGAUGAACUCAGUAAAAGCUCCCAGCUUGGAGAUUCAGGACCCAAGCUGGAUUUGGGUUUUAAAGAGGGACAGACCAUCACACUGAACAUCGGGCAAGGUAAAAAGAGGGAUAAACCCCGCCCACAAAGCUCAGGUGGGUUUGGACUCCUCCCACCACCACCUGGAGGCAAGAUAGCCCCUCCCCCUUUGUCAGGCUCAUCCAAUCACAACAUAGUACCCCAAACUGGAAGCAUGGCAACAGGCUGCCUGCUGGAGCUGGACAGUAGUAACUCGAACACUGUGGUUCAGACAAACCAGGGUUCAGAUCUGUGGGGAGACUUCUCUGCUCCUGCAAGCUCUCUCCCUCAACAGUCGAGACCACAGGACGGCGGAAACUGGAUCCAGUUCUGAGUCGUCAUCGCUCGCGUUCUCCAUCCCACCUGCAUCUGUGUCUGUCGCUUCCUGUGCUUUCACACUGAGAUUAACCCCCUCACACUGAUCCCAAAGCAGAGCUGUAAAAACACUGAGUAACAACCACAUUUCAUUCACGAGGAAUCAGAGCUCUUUCAAAUAUUCCCAAAAAGGAAAAUUAAUCUGCUGAAGCCAUUAAAACGAAGCGAGCCAUUUCCUGUAAUGUUUAAGGGCUAUGUGUGACGGAAUGAGUGGCAGGUGUUUUUCUCUUCUGUGUCUGCAUCGCCUCCCCAGUAGAUGGCGCUCUGAACCGACCUUUAUCUUAGACCUGGCAUGACUUGUGACUGCAGCAGCAGCAGCAGCAGCAGAAGCAGCUCCCCCUGCAGGCUCUGCUGAAAAUACACCAGGGGAGGAGAACUGAUUUACUGUAGGACUCAUAUCAAAGAAGGAAUCCCCCAAUAUCAUGUUAUUUAGAGUAAACACUAACCUUACAGAAGCGGUCUGACCUCCAUGUUUGAAUGUGACUCCUUGUUUACCUCAUUUAAAAGCUCUCAAAGGACAGAAGGAUUCUUAACCUGACUCCGGGGGUGUUGAUAAUCUUACUCCCCUCUUUACACUGUGAAUUAUCGUGUGGUACAGUCUCAUCCACGUGUCUAAAUUCCCCAACUUAACUUACAGCACUAAUGAAAGUAGAUUUAAAGACUCAGAUUAGAGAUGUUUUUGAAGGAUGCUUGAAUCCCUGUUUCCCCUGCCAUGCAAUGAUCUGUAUCCCUGCAGGAAUGAGGAACUAUCUGUGCACAGUGUUUGCUGUUAAAGUAGAAGCUCAGAGGAUUUAUUUACAAUCAAAUCCGACAGAUUUAUGUUUACAAUCGUUCAAAAUAUAUUUCAUAUUUAUGUUUA